UCCUAAAAUCAGCGUUUGGGUGUGGAUCCAUACUCAGAGGAACAUUACAAAAUGGGAUUUCAUUCAACACUGCACUAUGUGGUUCCUCAGGGAGACGUGCUGAAAGACUUGAACUAGAGCAGAUGAAUGACAGCAGCACUGUGAUAGAGGUGAAAGCAUGAAUGACCACAGUGAGCAAAGAAGGAACGUUCAGUCCAAAUCCUUUCAAGCGGGUACAGGACUCCACCUCCUUCCACCAAGACUGAGGACGUCUACUGGCACGUGGCUUUCGUCCAGAGACUCUGAGCGUUUGGGCCUCCAAGUGCAGGGGUACUGCUGCCCCCUCCUGCAGAGGCCCAGCAGUGGAAGGGUGAUCCCACAGAGCAGAGGGGGAGGAGAUGAGAAACUGCUCAGCAGCAUCAGGCUGAGGCUGGAAAGCAGAGCAAAACCAGCAUCAAGGUCCAAAACUGGGAGCAGACCUGAGACGACCUCACAAAGUGGAGCUCCCACUGUGGGCCAAAGCAAAGAUCCAGUCGAUGAAAGAACAGAGACCUCGAGAACCCCCUGCGACAGCGAGAGGCCGGCUCGACACACACAUCCUGCUUCCACAAAGGUUUCAGAGCUCCAUCUAUAUCUGCCGUCAUCACUGUGUGAAGAUGAGAAGCAGGACACAGACGGACGGGAGAUGAGGAAUUUAUCAGAGGAGACCAGCGGUGAAGAACGUGAGGUCAAACUAACCAUCUCACACGUGUCACACACCAGUGAAGACGAGCCUAAUCCAGGACUCAGCAGUCCACAGCACAUCACCAGCUGAUCACAACCUUCUGAGUCAGUUUAACCCCAAAAGAAUCACCACAUGACCAGCGCACACAAACACACCUAAUGAGGUGGUGUAGUUUCUCCUCAGAUAUAUAUCAACGCUCUGCUCAGAGAGCUGGGUGACCUCUGAGGGACGACGGUGUUUAUGCACUGCAGGGAAAAUGUCAAACUAAUGAGAUCUCUGUGGACAACUGACAUGCCAACAUAUACUGUUAGUGGAGCAGGAGUGUUGUUUCAAAAUAAAACCUGGACAAAUGACAGCUGUAGCGACAAACUAGAAAAACGUG